AUGUCCGAUACCACAGUACCUAAGUACCUACCCGGUUAUACCCAGUUAUCCGGGGGAAAUCUCCGUGUCCGAACAUUCACAACCUCUCUCGAUGAGCUCGCGGGUCGCGUACAAGCUGCCGAAGCUGCACGCUCCUCAUGGCGCGGGCCUGGCGACGCAAGGGAUGCACGCGCGCAGCUCGAUGCGGUGUCCCGCGCACGCGCACAGCUGCCUCCGCUUAGGAGACUGGCUGACGAGCUCCACGCUCAGGCUCAGCAGUUAGCACGAGACAAGAUACAACUGCCUGAUCAUCUACUUGCAAGAUUGGAUGAUUUGAAUACCAGCCACGAACUGGAAACAACCCACUGGGACCACCCGAAGAUGAUCGAGCUGAUGAACUCUCUAGCUGACUUGAACGAGGUCCGCUUCUCAGCGUACAGGACCGCACUCAAACUGAGGACUGUGCAGAAAGCACUCUGCAUGCACAUGCUGCAACUACCAGCUGCGUUGGAAGCGUUUGACUCUCACGGACUCCGCGCUCAGAAUGACCGUCUGAUUGACAUACCUGACAUGAUCACUGUUCUCACUUCUUUGUAUGAGGUGAUUGCAGCAGAAAAUCCAAGUCUAGUGAACGUGCCGCUUUGCUUGGACCUGUCGAUCAACUGGUUGCUCAACGUGUAUGACAGCCAGCGGACCGGACAGAUCCGGGUGCUCAGCUUCAAGGUCGGGCUUGUAUUGCUAUGCAAGGGACAUUUGGAAGAAAAGUACAGAUAUCUGUUCCGACUGAUCGCAGACCCAUCAUGCAGGGCCGACCAAAGAAAACUUGGAUUAUUGUUGCAUGAUUGUAUUCAGGUACCAAGACAACUUGGUGAAGUGGCUGCCUUUGGAGGCUCAAACAUAGAACCUUCAGUGAGGAGCUGCUUCGAACAGGCAUCCGCUGCCACCAAGGAGGGCAAUAAGGGAGGCACUCUUGAUAGGAAAGUUGAAAAUACAGUUAAUCUUCCAGAAAAAGACAAGGAGAAGGAGGAACCGUCUAAAGACAAGACCUUGGAGCGUGAUGCAGACGGUCAGCUUCAGUUCAUAGAAGCGUUCCACUUCCUGCAGUGGCUGCAGAAGGAGCCGCAGUCGAUGGUGUGGCUGCCAGUCUUGCACCGCCUCGCUGCGGCUGAGACUGCCAAGCAUCAGGCCAAGUGCAACAUCUGCAAGGAGUACCCGAUUAUUGGGUUCAGGUAG